UUCGCUUAGUCUAUUGAUAUUCAUGUUUCUAUUUUAUUAGUUCUACUGAAAAUGAAAAAUAUAACUUUAGUGUUGUUGGUUAUAGUAGGACUUGCACUAGGUGCCGGAUUGGGCGCCCUUAUUUGGUGGCUAAUUCGUAGUAAAAAUCUUUAUGAAACUAUCCUUCUAGAAGGUAGAGUAGGAGAUGUCAACUCCACGGCAGCCUUCACAAGAUUUCGCGGACAGGGUGAUAUGUUUUGGUGGUUCUACCCGACUCUUGCACCUUCACCGAUGACCCGGCCUGUAAUUUUGUGGCUACAUGGAAUAACUGGAACAUCGACUAGUUUUCUGGCUAAUUUUGGCAUGUUUGGCCCCUAUGACGAGAAUCUUAAUAGAAGAGCCGAUUCAUGGAUAAAUAACUAUAACUUAUUGUUCGUGGAUGCACCUUUAGGAACAGGUUUUAGUACAAGUGACAACAAAGCAAAAUUCCCGGGUGUAGACGAGAAUGCUGAUUACUUGCUCAGAACACUACAAUCAUUUUACGACAUACACGAAGAAUAUAAAAAUUCAUCUCUUUACAUUUGUAGCCAGGGAGACGGUUCACAACUUGCCCUUGCACUUACUAUAAAAUUAUAUGAGAAAGGCAGCAUCUCAAAUGACUUCAAGGGAAUAAUUUUAGGAAAUCCUGUGAUUUCUCCUGCUUUGGCUCUUACAAAGUUAGGGUUUUAUUUAGAAGAGCUCGGCUACAUAGACGGUAGAGGCCGAGAAGCUGUUGAAAAUUUCACUAAAAUAACAAACUCGUUGGUUCAAUCAAACCAGCUUGAAAACGCUUUCGAUCAUUUCACCUCCCUCGGAUAUUUCGUUAAUGAGAACACUGGCGCCACUGCUGUUAAUUUGGCCCACAUUGUUGAGAAAUUAACUCGGAAUUCUUCAACUCAGGACUAUUUCGGAGAGAGAAGUUAUGUAGAAAGUGUAUUCCGCUCCAACACAAAUAUAAACAGUUUUAUGGAGACAGUAGUGGCGCCUGCCCUAGGCAUGUCUGAUACUGUCAAGUAUGAUGGACAGCGUGAUGCGGCGAUACGAGCUUUUAGAAGCUCUUAUAUGAAACCCAUCGUGGACAAAGUCGAACAUAUUCUCAACAACACAACACUGACUGUCAAUAUUUACAAUGGCAACCUGGAUGCAGUUUCUAAUACGCCCGGUCAAUUAGAAUGGAUCAACAAACUCUCGUGGUUUGGACAGGCAGAAUUCUUAAAUUCCUCAAGAACAACCUUGGUGUUUAAUCGUCUUAUUGAGGGCUACUUCCGAGAGGCGGAAAGGCUACGAUUUUACUGGAUAAACGUCGCAGGACAACUGGUUCCACUCGACAAUCCCGUUGGAAUCCGAAGAGUUCUAAAUCGCAUUAUAAAUUAAAAACAAUACAAUAAAAUAGAAACUUA